CACGACAGCCGGAGCGCCCGGUGCGUGGUGCGAACAGUGAGGGACAAGUGUGAGAAGAAAGAAAACAAAAAAAGAAAGAAAGAGAGGAGAGCAGGGGACCGUGCAGCCCUCUGUACUGAUGGACAAUAAGGAUAUUUAACCAUUUGCCCUGGGAACGCACAGACACCGCAGUCCAUGCCUCUGCCUUGCCGGGUCAUUGAUGGGAAAUCAACUGGAUCGGAUCACCCACCUCAACUACAGCGAACUGCCCACGGGGGAUCCGUCCGGGCUGGAGAAGGACGAGCUUCGGGUCGGCGUCGCGUACUUCUUCUCUGACGAAGAGGAGGAGGUGGACGACCGCACUCCGUCCGACUGCGGCUUCACCAAGGACCACAGCCCGGCUGAGGAGGGACCCUUCUCGGUCAGCGAAGUGGAGUACUCCGCCUUCUGCUCCCAGGAAUGCAUCUUCUCCAAGCUGCGGGAGAACGAGGACUUAAAUGUGUACUCGGCCAAAACUUUGCUGACUAUGUGCAAACCGGGGGACCUGCUGGAGCUGGUGGCCACGGCGCAAGCCCCCCACUGGGUCAUCUACGAGCAGGACGACCAGGUCAUUCAUCUGCACAAGGGCGAAAUCCGCAAGGACAGCCUGCUUGAGAUCAGCAACGGGCGCCACGGGAGAAUAGUCAACAACCGGUACCGUUAUCGACCGCUUCCCCCUGACCUGGUGAUGCAGAACGCAGUGGGACACCUGGGCCUGAGAAGCGAGGAGAUAUGCUGGACCAACUCGGAAAGUUUCGCAGCCUGGUGUCGCUUUGGGAAACGGGAGUUCAAAGCCGGGGGAGAAGUGCACUCAGCGGAGCAGCAGUACUUCCUCAAAGUGCAUCUGUCCGGCAGCGGGGUGCACACUCUGGUCUUUCGCAGCCUGGAGGACAUGAUCCGGGAGAGGAGGCGAGUUGACGCCAGUGGAAUUCUCAAAGAGCUGUCUUUGGUUAACGGGGGCAAGGAAUGAUCAGGGAUUCCGUUUGAUAUCGUCUCCUCCACCCCCUCCCUGCCUCCUCUCGCCAAGGCGCACGGACGCACACUUUUGCGCACACACAAACGUACUCGCACACAAGCACACAGACGCACAUACAUGCAGGACCUGUUGGUUUUGGGACUGUCUGGGUGUCGCGGUUGGACCAGGAGUGUUUGGACUAUGCGCACUGUGGAGUUCCCAUCAUAUUGCAGAGUGCUCAGAAACGAGAGAGCGCGGCCAUAUAAACAGACAACGCCCCUUCAGAUUAGAAUUCGUGCUGAGUGGGACACACGAUUUCUAUCAAAUCCAUUGCCCCGAAAAGCGAAAUCACUUUUCCAACCCCCAUAUAGCGCACAUGGCUCGGUUUGGUUUCAGUUUAAUUUCUCGGGAUAAUGGAAUUGGCCCCUUCUCUGCAUAGGGUGCCUGCUGCAGCAGACCAGACGGUGAGACCGGGAGAGGGAGAGAUGGGGAUGGGGACGGGGGGGCUGAAAGAUAGGAUUUGGGAUGGCUCUCGAAAAGUCUCCCUUCUAUUUUUUUACUGUUAGCUUUAAACCCGGGACAGACCACGACACAGAUCCAGUGAUUCAUAGACCUCUAGCAGUCCCAGCUGGCUACGCAGAUGCCUAAACAAAGCAUUAUGGCUUGACCAAGCGCCCCUUUUGCCAUAUCUGAAGUAUUGUCAUUUUCACAAUGCUCUCAUCCUGCUCCACAGCACUGGAUGUAUGUGUAAAUUGUGUUCAUAUAUUGAUUUCAAUUUGAGUCCCUUAUUUUUGUAUUUAAGUUUAGUGGAUUUGAACCUGAUCUUCUUCUCUCUCUCUUUUUUUUGAUUCAAAUAAAUGGAGGUUGAAAUAUGAAAACAUGAA